AUGCAUAGACAUCACAGAUCAUCUUCUAGUGAUUCUAUAUCCUCAAAUGAUAAGAAACAAAAACUAAAGAAGUCUAUCUAAAAAGAAAAUAAUGAAAGUGUUGAUCAUUAAGAGAUCAAUGAAGAUUAAAAGAUUGAUAUCAUAUUAGUAUAAGACACAAUUAAAGCAGAGGAUUUUAUGACUGAAUCAGAGAGAAGAUAUCUUGAAGUCUAGAGAUAGAGAUAAUAAUAGAGAAUUUAGGAUAAGUUAAAUAAAAAUCAUAGAGAAAAGAUAGAAGAGUUUAAUAAAAAGCUAUCUAAGCUUCCUGAGCAUUUCGAUAUACCUAAGGUAGGACCUGGUUGA